AUGGCGGACUGGUGUUUAUACCAUAAAGGCGCCUCAUUUGGACGUGCGCAUGUUCGUUCCUCGCAGCUGUAUUUCAGUGAAUGCCCCAUCCUGUCAGAGCAUGAGACGGAGCCGAUAAAUGCCUAG